AGUAGUUGUCCCCACGUUCACUUGUGACAAAUUUGGUUCAUAUGGUUCGACCAAAGUUGCAACCAUGAGUUGGCUUCUGUUUCUAAAGAGGCUGUACUCUCUCGACACGCUCGACACCAGAUUUACCACCUCUUCAAAAACGCCCUCGAAAAUAGCUGCGCUUAAUGCCGACGAACGUCUCGAGUUCACGCGACAUGUACAGGAUCAGGAUAGCUCGAAGCCCGCAAUUUGCAGAAAUGCUUCAGCGCAAGUCAUACCUGAAGGAUCAUCGCCUUCCAGAUGGCGAACACCCGAAUUUUACGUUUAUUACAUUGUAUUCAUUAUCGUGGUCCCGAUGAUGUUUAAGGUGACGUACGAUGUAUCGAAGGAAUCGGACCCUAAUUAUCCGAAAUACAAGCAUCUUCUAUCCCCUGGUUGGAUCUUAGGCCGCAAAGUGGAUAAUUCCGAUCUACAAUAUGCUAGUUUUCGUUCAAACGUCCCAUAUCUCCUCAUUGUUCUCACAGUACAUCCUUUUCUUCGGCGACUAUAUAAUUAUUUCAAUCCCGUGAAAGGCAAUGCCAAUGCCGUCAAACUCGCUGAACCCGGUUCUACUAGCCAGAACGGAAUUGAUCCUAUAACCCUCUCGACUGCGGCCGAUGCGAGAUUGGAGCAACGAAUCAGAUUUGAUGUUAUAUUUGCCGGCAUAUUCUUAUGCGCGUUACACGGAUUCUCCGCAUUCAAGGUUCUCGUCAUCCUUGCUAUCAAUUUCGGCAUCGCAAAGCGACUUCCAAAAGAGUAUAUUCCGGUUACGACCUGGGUAUUCAAUAUAAGCAUUCUUUUCGCCAAUGAACUAUGUGAGGGCUAUAGAUUUUCACAUAUCGUCUCCUGGUUUGCUCCUGCGUCGCCAGCGGACCCUGCUCGAUCUGAUAACUGGGGGGCUUGGCUUGACAGCUACGGUGGUCUGAUCCCUCGAUGGGAGGUUUUGUUCAAUAUUACAGUAUUGCGUUUGAUCAGUUUCAACUUAGACUAUUAUUGGAGUCUAGAUCUUAAAGGCGGGAGCCCGAUUGAGAAGAAACAACUCGACCCUAGCAAUCUCUCUGAACGAGACCGCAUUGCGAUUCCGGCCAAGCCGCAAGACUUUUGCUGGAUCAACUACAUCGCAUAUACCCUCUACUCUCCGCUCUAUCUUGCAGGCCCCAUCUUGACGUUUAAUGACUUUAUUGCGCAAUUGAGGUAUCCAGCACCGAGCAUCACCACAAGCCGGACUGUUCUAUAUGGUAUUCGAUUCUUUCUCGCUCUUUUGACGAUGGAGUUUAUGCUCCAUUUUAUUUACGCGGUCGCCAUAUCAAAAUCGCAGCCGGCGUGGGAAGUUUACACCCCAUUCCAGUUGAGCAUGUUAGGGUAUUUUAACCUGCACAUCAUUUGGCUCAAGCUCCUGCUACCUUGGCGGUUCUUUCGAUUCUGGGCUUUGGUAGAUGGCAUUGACCCACCGGAGAAUAUGGUGCGAUGCAUGUCCAACAACCCGUCAGCUUUGGCCUUCUGGAGAGCAUGGCAUCGCAGCUAUAAUAAAUGGAUUGUGCGGUACAUUUAUAUCCCAUUGGGUGGUAGUGCCACACGUGGGCCGUGGGGAACGGUGCGGACUAUUGUUAAUUCUCUUGUGGUCUUCACUUUUGUCGCGCUCUGGCACGACAUCAACCUCAAACUUUUGAUGUGGGGGUGGCUGAUCACGCUUUUCAUCCUGCCUGAGAUCCUGGCCCGUUUCCUUUUCCCACCGCGGAAAUGGCAGAACCGCAAGGAAAUGUAUCGAGUGAUUUGCGGCAUCGGUGCAGUCGGCAAUAUUUUGAUGAUGAUGGCGGCAAAUCUUGUCGGCUUCGCUGUCGGCUUAGAUGGACUCAAAGAUCUUGUGCAUGGGAUCAUUGGAAGUUAUUCAGGUACGGUUUGCUCGAAACACCUUUUUUCUCAUGUCUGAGCUAUCUGAAUUGACACAUUUAGGCCUUUUGUUUUUCGUUGCAGCAUGCGCGGCGUUGUUUGUUGGCGUACAGGUCAUGUUUGAGGUCCGGGAAGCGGAGUUGCGGCAAGGCAUCCAGCUGAAAUGCUAGGCAUUGUACAAACAGAUUUGCAUGGGUGAUUGGAGUUUUGCAUGAGCAUUCUCAUUCUUGUUUGCUGCAUCGCAGGGUUAAAUAGCGUUUGUAUAGUCAUUCAGUCGUCAAGCUCUUUUGCAAAAUCGAUUAGGCGUAGCCUUCGAGCGUCUUUGGGGUGGUACUGGGCAAUCUUCGAGCGCACAAGGAAUCUAGCAGCGGCCGAAUCUCUGGGAAGCUCUACGUAAGGCGAUGUGUUUGAUCCGGCCAAGGCGUUGAGCAAAUCUUCAGUCAAUGUUCGUAUCUCUGCCCCGGCUGCGUCCUUUUCUGUUCGUAGACCAUCUUCGUUAUCCUCCUCGUCUGCA